CGAUUUCUAACCGCUUAAUCCGCCAUUUUGGAAAUUUCUGCUAGGCGAGAGUGGUGAAACCCUCUCAGUUUUUACUCAAAAUCGGCUGUCAUCCAUCCAUAAAUCAAGAUGGCUGGCCGUGGUAACAAGAUGAUGCAACACAUCAACUACCGUAUGAGGUGCACCCUACAAGAUGGGCGCAUCUUCAUUGGAACAUUCAAAGCCUUUGAUAAGCAUAUGAACCUUAUCCUGGGUGACUGUGAUGAGUUCCGCAAGAUCAAACCCAAAGGCAGCAAGGCUGGAGAUCGUGAAGAGAAGAGAGUGUUGGGAUUGGUCCUCCUGAGAGGGGAAGCACUCGUGUCUAUGACUGUAGAGGGACCACCACCUGCAGAUGAGGCUACUUCACGUGUCCCUCUCCCAGGGGGUGCAGGUGGCCCAGGGUUGGGCAGAGCUGCUGGUCGAGGUGUACCUGCUGGCGGCAGUGGGGGCGGUGCAGCAGCUGGCCUAUCAGGUCCAGUCAGAGGCGUAGGAGGACCUGCACAGAGCUCUAUGAUGCCAGGAGGUGGUAUGAUGAGAGGCGGUCCCCCACCAAUGAGAGGAGGUCCACCAAUGGGACGAGGGGGUCCACCACAGAUGAGAGGUCCCCCACAAGGUUACUAGGCAACAGGAACAUCACAUCAUCCACGCAUCAUCAAUCAUUGCAGCAUCAUCAACACUUAACAGUCCAAUCAGCAUCAACUACUGAUAAAAACUCCACAAUUUCUCGAAGACAUACUCGUGACACAAGAAAUUUUGAUUACUUUGGAUUAUGCAGCUCAUCUACUUGUUAUUAUGUUAUCAGCUUUUGUCUCUAGUGCACCUUCCAACUUUGGUGCAUCGAAUACAUGCAGCAUCUAGUUGAGGCAUCAAACAUGUGAUUGUUGAAUGGAAUUUGAUAUGUUGAUAUUUGCUGGACUGCAUAAAUCAUUGGAAGAUUUUAAUGUAGGAAUAGAGUUUUAUCGGGAACCUCAAGAAAAUCAUGGAAAUAUUAAAGCCACUCGAUUGUGUUCUGAUAUUACAAGUAUGUUGUGACAUGAUAAUGGAUUGUCUCUCAAAGUAAUGUUGUGUUGUUCAGUGAGUAAACUCGUCUUCAAGAUCUCUGCCAUUCGAGGAAAACAAAUUGAAGAAUGUACACAUUCUGGAUUUUAUACAUUCUAUGUACUUUUGAGUGGAUUCAUUCCCAGUUUUAUGGUAGUAAUGGUAUUCAAAGAAAGUCAUUGUAGAUAAUAACAUGUUUAUUUGUAUCAGAAAUACACAUUUUUAUAGAAAAACCAAAUAA